AUGAGUCAACCUACGGCGCGAAGACGAAGCAAGCGGCUUGCUGCGUAUGAUGAAGAGGAUGGCGACUUUGUCUUUACCAGAGGAUCAAAACGAACCAAGACCGCACAGGCAAAACCAGAACCAGAACCAGAACCCCUUUCCGCUCCUGCUCCAGCGCCUUCGACCGCGAAGAGGGGUCGAAAGCCAAAGGAACAACCAAGGGAACGCGACAAUGAGAAGAUGGCAACAGCAAAAAAUGCGAGAGGGCGGAAGAUGAGCUUUUCGACUCCGAAAGCAGACAACGAUACCCUUGUUGUGCCGAAAAAGAGAAAAGCUACGCGUUCGUCUACGGGAAUCGGUCAAAAUGGCGAUAGCAGUACCAAUAUUUCGAGGGGGGAACCGGGCGAUUAUGACACGAUAGACAUGGUUGGCAAUUCGAGCGUGGAGGAGACGAAUAAGUCAAUCGCAGAUCAAAGCAAACAGUCGACGGUAGUCUCGUUACCGUUCAGUGACACGCCUAUCAUCAAUCGCAACAAGGAAUUAAGGAAGAAAGGAGGGAAUGGCGCCAGGAGGAGUAGCUUGGGACUUCGAGGGCGGAGAGCUAGUUCUCUGAUCGAGAACGGGCAUAGUGCAAUACCGCAUCGAGAAGUGGAAACUUCGGAGUUUUACAAACAUAUUGAAGCAGAAGGGCUAAGUGAGCCCAGAAGAAUGAAGCAACUGUUAACAUGGACCGGGGAGCGAUGUAUGGGCGAGAAGCCAUCUCAUGGCAAUGAGGACAAUACAGCAGAACUUUCAGGUGAGCAGUACGGAACACCUUUUAAUGCCUUCCUAACUUUUGCAGCGCGAAUGAUUAAAGAAUCAUUACUGAAGGAUUUUGCGAACAAAUCCGAGUUCUCGGACUGGUUCAAUCGAGAAGAAUCGGCUCCUCCCCCAACAAAGGUCAUUAAAAAGCCCAACCCACGAAAUAUUGAGUUGGAGGAGAAUCUCGUUGGAUUGGAAGCUAGACUUAAAUUACUUCGAGAAGAACGGGAUCAAUGGAAGGCGCUAGCGAAACCUCCGCCUUCACUUCCCCCGUUGUUUCCAGAUAACACUCGAGAACUCAGCCCUUCACAAAUCGAUGCUUCACUACUUGAUCCAGAGCAAGCAGCCAUCCUCGUGGAAAUUGCUUCGAGAUCUGCACUAGAUCUGAGAAACCAGACAGCCGAGCGAUUAAGAGUAUUGCAAUCGGGCCUAGAAUUUAAGAUCGACCAAUUCGCGGACGGGGUGCAUAAACUGGAGCAAUAUCAAGAAACCGUGGGCAGGGUUGCUGACAAGAUAUUGGCUCUGAGUGCAGUCCGAUUGGAAGAUAGAGAUCGUAGAGAAAAAGAAGAGAUUGGAACCAGAGAUCUACCGAUGCAGGAGGUGCUGAGGAGCUUGAGCAGGAUCUUACCGGAAGGAAGUAGUGCACGGUGA